CUUCUUGGCUGUCACCUCACCCCUGCCCUAUGGCAGCUAUCACGGACUUCUCCUUUAUGUACCGCUGGUUCAAGAACUGCAACUUGGUGCGAAACCUCUCAGAGAAGUAUGUCUUCAUCACUGGCUGUGACUCAGGCUUUGGGAACCUGCUGGCUCGGCAGCUAGUUGAUAGAGGCAUGAAGGUGCUGGCUUCUUGCCUCACUGAGGAAGGGGCCCAGAAGCUUCAGCAGGAUACCUCCUGCCGUCUGCAGACCAUCCUAUUGGAUGUCACCAAGACUGAGAGCAUCCAGGCGGCAGCCCAGUGGGUGAGAGACCAAGUGGGCGAGCAAGGCCUCUGGGCCCUGGUGAACAAUGCUGGAGUGGGCCUGCCUAGUGGUCCCAAUGAAUGGCUGACCAAGGAGGACUUUGUGAAGGUGAUCAAUGUGAACCUAGUAGGAUUGAUUGACGUGACCCUCCACAUGCUACCGAUGGUCAAGAAAGCCCGGGGCAGGAUUGUCAACAUGUCCAGUUCUGGUGGUCGUGUAGCUGUCAUCGGUGGUGGCUACUGUGUCUCCAAGUUUGGUGUUGAGGCCUUCUCUGACAGCAUCAGGCGUGAGCUCCACUAUUUCGGCGUAAAGGUCAGCAUCAUUGAGCCGGGAAACUACCGGACAUCCAUCCUGGGCAAAGAGGGCAUGGAGUCACGCAUGCGAAAGCUGUGGCAGCGGUUGCCUCAGGAGACCCGAGAUAGUUACGGAGAGGAGUACUUCUGCAUCUAUACUGAAAAGUUACAAAACAUGCUGCAGUUGGCUGAGCCAAGGAUCACUGAUGUCAUUAACAGCAUGGAGCAUGCCAUUGUAUCCCGGAGCCCUCGCAUCCGCUACAACCCUGGCCUGGAUGCCAAACUCCUCUACCUCCCCUUGGCUAAAUUGCCCACCCCUGUGACAGAUUUCAUCCUGAGCCGGUAUCUUCCAAGGCCAGCAGAUUGUGUCUGAGCCAGAAAGGCUCCAGGCUGGUCAGUGGAGUGUAGAGGAGGGGGUGGGAGAAGGGACUUUGGGUUCACA